AUGAUUGAGAUGAUGUUUGGUCAGGAGGUGCUAAAAUACUCCAUCAUUCUCUUCACUUAUGGAGAUUUGUUACGUGACAGGUCUAUAGAGGAAAUCAUAAAGAAGAAAAGAGCUUUAAGAGAUCUAGUUGAUCAGUGUGGAGGUGGAUAUCACGUCUUCAACAACAGAGAUCAGAGUAACAGAGAGCAGGUGACAGAUCUGCUGAAGAAGAUUGACUCAAUGAUAGAGAAGAACAGAAGAGGAUCCUACAGUCAUCAGAUGUAUGAAGAUGCUCAGAGAAGAAGAGAGGACACCAGAAGAGGACGAGGAGAGAAAACAGCUCCAAAGUCAAAGUCAGGAAAGUACUCUGAUCUUACUGAAAUGAUGGAUGAUGAUCUGACUCUGUGGACGUUUGGACCUGGAAACACUCGAAUAGCUGAAAUCCAUGUCCUGGCCGACAGCAUGACUCUAUUUGAUGACGUUCUUGAUGGUAUAUUCAGAGACAGACUGAAGCUGGACGAUCAAACUGGAUCUCUGACCAUCACACACACCAGAACUGAACACGCUGGACAUUAUAAACUAGACAUCAAACGUGCGAUCAAGAACUUCAGUCUCACUGUGUAUGGUGUUCUGCCUGUUCCUGUCAUCAGCAGAAACUCAUCAUCAUCUUCAUCAUCUUCAUCAUGUUCACUGGUGUGUUCAGUCGUGAAUGUGAGUCAUGUGACUCUCUCCUGGUUCAGAGGAACCAGUUUAUUGUCCAGCAUCAGUGUGUCUGAUCUCAGCAUCAGUCUCUCUCUUCCUCUGGAGCUGGAAGAUCAGGAUAAAAACAGCUACAGCUGUGUGCUCAACAAUCCCAUCAGCCACCAGACUCAACAUCUGGACAUCACUCAGCUCUGUCACACAUCUGCAGCGAAGGAGGGAGGAAAAAACCCUGCUGGUAGUCCCUCGGUCUAA